GAGGUCGCGUCCCGAAAGUCGUCCCCGGUCUUUUCGGCACCUUUCCAGGAUCACAAGAGAAUGCGAGCUGACGCUGCCCGGCCUCGACGAACUGGCGCACCGGAUUACGAUGACCCGUCCUUCUGGGACACGAAAUUUGCGACUGGCCAGGAUGUUGGCGAAUGGCUGAACCCGGGCGAAGUCCUCCUGGACGCUCUUCUCUCUUUCCUCGAAAGCGAGCCCGCACCGACCGCAGCGCAGCCCAACACGCCAAAAGUCCUCCACCUCGGCCCUGGGAUAUCGAAACUUGGAAGUAGAGCUCGGGAUGCGUUUGUUGCGCGGGGAUGGAAAGCAAAUGGGAUUGUGAAUGCCGACUUCUCCUCCGAAGCUGUCCGCCUUGGUCAGGAGGCCGAGAAGAUGCAGGACCCCUCGCACGCCAUGCACUGGAUACAAACGGAUCUCCGAUCGUGGACCGACGUGUCGCGCCUCCUCCCUGCCGGGCCCUUCGAGGCGAUCAUCGACAAGAGUACAAGUGAUGCAAUUGCCACAUCUAGCCCAGUGACGUUCACCAGCGCUGCUGCCCAUACGUCAGCAGUCUGUCCAGUCAUCAAGGAUAUCCUUAAAAACGCCAAGGAAGCAGGUGAAGGGAUAACACUUACAGCAAUUGAGCUUCUGGGUCUGCACCUUGUUCCCCUUACGAAAGAGGGGUCGAAAUGGUUCGUACUCUCGUACUCGGCCUUUAGGUUUGAGGAUGUACCCAGGCUAUCUAGCUUCUGGGAAAUUGUUGGUCGUAUGUCUCUUGAGGCGCCGGGUGGACGGACCGCGUCCGGAGCUCUGGCACCGGCGGUUUAUCAUUGGGUUUAUACACUGCGGCGAAGGUAG